CCCUCACACUUUUCAAAUUAUGCAUAUUUGGUACUACAAUCUCAUCAUUUUAUUUCCUCCAUCUGCCAAAAGUUUCAAAUAAUGGGUCGAUUUAAUCUUAUACUAGUUUUUUCACUCUCAUUAAAUUUGUGUCUUAUUCCAUAUCUUACUUUAGCUCAACUUAGUACAAACCAUUAUGCUAAAACUUGUCCCAAUGUUGAAAGCAUUGUUAGAACAGCAGUUCAAAACAAAUUCAAACAAACUUUUGUUACUGUUCCUGCUACACUUCGCCUCUUCUUUCACGAUUGUUUUGUUCAGGGUUGUGAUGCUUCAGUUUUGGUAGCAUCAAGUGGAAAUAACCAAGCAGAGAAGGAUCACUCUGACAAUUUGUCAUUGGCUGGUGAUGGUUUUGACACAGUGAUUAAAGCAAAAGCAGCACUAGAUGCUGUUCCACAGUGUAAAAACAAAGUUUCUUGUGCUGAUAUUCUAGCUCUAGCAACCAGAGAUGUUAUUAAUCUGGCUGGUGGACCACGGUAUACGGUUGAAUUGGGAAGAUUUGAUGGGCUAGUUUCAAGAGCUUCAGAUGUAAAUGGGAGACUACCUCUUCCAAGCUUCAAUUUGAACCAAUUGAAUUCUCUAUUUGCAGCCAAUGGUCUCACUCAAACAGACAUGAUUGCCCUCUCAGGUGCACACACCCUUGGAUUCUCUCAUUGCAGCAGGUUCUCCAAUAGAAUAUACAACUUCAACAAACAAAGCCCAGUGGACCCAACAUUGAACAAAGUAUACGCAUCACAAUUACAACAAAUGUGCCCUAGGAAUGUGGACCCAAGAAUAGCCAUCGACAUGGACCCAACAACCCCUCGAACAUUCGACAAUGCUUAUUACCAGAAUCUUCGACAAGGGAAAGGUUUAUUUACCUCCGACCAAAUUUUAUUCACGGAUACAAGAUCUAGGGCCACGGUUAAUUCUUUUGCUUCCAAUGCUAACGUUUUCAACAACAAUUUCAUCAAUGCUAUUACCAAAUUGGGUCGCGUUGGAGUCAAAACUGCAAGAAAUGGGAAAAUUCGUACUGAUUGUUCUGUGCUUUAAUUGAACACCAAGUCGCAAACAGUGCAUGUUAUACGGAGGAAACAUGUAAACAAAGGAAUUCGCAAGGAGUGACUAGAUUCUUUUUGUGGUUAAUAAAUUUGUUUGCCAAUAAAUUAAGAGUGGUUUGCUUUGGAAGUUCAAACAAGGAAUUUAAGGGGAGAGAAAAAGUUUAGUUUUUCUUUGUUGUAACUUGCAAUGUGCCAAAUAAUUCAGCGUCCCCUAAAUUUAAUUCAAUGUAUUUGAACAUUUUUUCUUCAUUGCAUUAAUAAAGGUACAAAACAAUCGUAUUUAAUAUGUAUA